CUGAAAAAGCGAAUUAUUCCGGGUAACGUUGAUGGCACACGGCUAGACAGUGUCGAAAAGAAAGCGUUAGGCGACAUUGAAGGCACCGGCUUCGGAGGUCUUGAAAAGAGAGCUCUUGGCGACAUAGAAGGUAUUGGAUUUGGUGGCUUAGACAAGAGAGCCUUAGGUGACAUUAUCGAAGGUGCCGGUUUUGGGGGCUUGAAAAAGAGAGCUUUGGGAGAUAUCGAAGGCAUCGGUUUUGGUGGUUUGAAUAAGCGGGCGUUAAGAGACAUCGACGAACUUAAACUUAACAUGAUGGACAAACGAGCAUUGGGUGACAUUGAAGGAAUUGGUUUUGGUGGUCUGGAAAAACGAGCGUUGGAGGAUAUUGAAGGAACUGGCUUCAACGGCUUGGACAAAAGGGCUCUCGGUGACAUCGAAGGCAUAGGAUUUGGUGGAUUGGAGAAAAGAUAUCGUCAUUUUAACAAAAGAUCAUUGGAUCUGUUAGAUCAAGCAGGUUUUGGAGGAUUAGACAAACGAGCUAGCGACAACGAUCGAAGUAGUCUUAGGCUUUUUAGUAAGUAA